AUGUUUGUCCAAGCGUUACAGUCAAGAGCUGGGUCACGUGCCAGUACACCGCAGCCCGCGGUCUGUCGGAGAGGGUCAGCAACUCACUUAGGUCUGUCGGUCGCUCCUUCUCCUCCUACUCAAAUACCGCAACCGGCCCCAAGACAAUCUCAGCAGCCACUGUCCCAGGCCGAAACACCGGGUUCCGAGUCGUACAAUUUAGGGACUUUGUUUCGGGACUCGCCGCAGCCCGUGGCAUCCCAAUCAGAUCAGGCGCGUCGGCUCCCGGCACAGGAUGCACCUGUCCCUCUGCCGCGUACUCCAGUUCGGCCGCAGCCGCCGAUGCAGCCGCCCUCUCCACAGAUAAUUAUUCUGCCUUCUCAGGCCCUGCCGCAAGCCCAGCCGGCUCUGCCUCCAGCAGCUCCGAUACCGUCUAAACUGCAGCCGCCCCGGCCCUGGCUCUGGCUCCAGGUUCCGUUGCAGGUUCUGAUCCCGCAGCCACCCGUGCAGCUGGCGCCCAUCCUGGCUCAACAGCUCGCGCCACAGAUGCCAUUAUGGAGCGACGGGGACAGUGCGCCUGCGCAGCCCUACCCCGAGGCGUCGCCCGGAUAUGCGUCAGUGAGCAGCGACAUGGAAGUGGAGGAAAUAACCGGAAGCAUGAGGAGUGUGUCUGUGAAUCCCGUUUACAAGACAGAAACUGUUGUAGGAGCACGGGGACAGCGCACCACGACUACAAAAACUCGACCAUACACCCAACUGCAGAAGCGUUAUGCUGAUACCACACCUUUACACCCAUCCUGGUACAAAUCGAGAACAUUUGACCGAAGGGGCAAACCUCCAAUUGCCUCACAUGGGAAGAAGCCAGAAGUGAGGCAUGCCAAGGCUUAUGGUGGUCCAGAAAGCCCUGUGGGAAGCCCCAGGAUGAGCCCACGGUCGAGCCCCAGGGGAAGCCCUGAGAUCAACCUGUCGUGGAACGCAGUUUCGCGGCAGAAUUUAUGGGGGAAAUACGCGAGGCGUUGA